UGCCACCUAUAAGAUUGUUUCCUAUUGGCGAGUUACUCUUGACGGAGGCGGGGACAAUGGUCUUUGGCUUGUCUGAUUGGACAGUUGUCCUGCCCAUCAGGCAUCUUUAGAUUACGGCCAUUUGACAGCGCUACUGCAGGGAGCUGACAGGACCCUCUCCCGCUCAACAAUUUUCACGUAAUAUUUUCUUCUGUAAAUUAAAGUUUCUUUGUUUAAUUACGUUUCCUCAAGACGAAUGUGAAGGCGCGGUUAAAUGCCGUUCACUGACUGAGGGGAUUGUCCUCUUAAAAGAUUUCACAGAAGACUGCCGCUUAAUUAGUCCUCACCAUGGCGACGGUUGUGAUGGAGCAGAUUGGGAGGCUGUUCAUCAACGCACAGCAGCUUCGCCAGAUCCCCCGUUUCCUGGAGUCAGCCUUCCCUAAACUGCCCUGUACUGUGAUGGUGAGCGAUGUGCCGUGGGUUUUCCGUGAGUCGCACAUAGUCACGGGCUACAGGCCGCCCGACCAGAACUGGCGCUACUACUUCCUCACCCUGUUCCAGAGGCAUAAUGAGUCUGUAAAUGUGUGGACACACCUGCUGGCCUCCCUCAUUAUUUUAGUCAAGUUUCAGGAGCUGUCUGAAACUGUGGACUUCCUGCGGGACCCACACGCCCAGCCGAUGUUCAUUCUGCUCCUAGCCGCGUUCACCUACCUGGGCUGCAGUGCGCUUGCCCACUUGCUCUCAGCCAAGUCUGAGCUUUCCCACUACACCUUUUAUUUUUUGGACUACGUUGGCGUAGCCGUAUACCAGUAUGGCAGCGCCCUGGCCCACUUCUAUUACGUCAUCGCAGAAGAAUGGCACGCUCAAGUGCAAAGCUUUUUCUUGCCAGCCGCAGCCUUCCUGGCCUGGCUCUCCUGUACGGGCUGCUGCUACGGCAAAUACGCCAGCCCGAACUUGCCCAGAUUUGUUCACAAGCUAUUCCAAGUGGUUCCCUCGGGCCUGGCCUACUGUUUAGACAUCAGCCCAGUGUUCCAUCGCAUCUAUAAAUGCUACAGCUCUGAACAAGGCUGUGACGACCAGGCGGUGGUGUACCACUGCUACCAGGGCCUCUUCUUUUUGAUCAGCGCCUACUUCUUCUCAUACCCCCAUCCUGAGCGCUGGUUCCCGGGAUGUUGUGACUUCAUCGGGCAGGGCCAUCAGAUCUUCCAUGUGUUCCUUGUGCUCUGCACUCUAGUGCAGAUUGAAGCAGUGCGACUGGAUUACAGCGAGAGGAGAUCUUUCUAUGAAAGUCUCCAUGGAGACUUGGCUCACGAUGCAGUGGCUCUUUUUAUCUUCACAGCAUGUUGCAGCGCACUCACUGCAUUCUAUGUGCGCAAACGGGUGAAGGUGUAUCUCGAAGAGAAGCAGGAGUAGAUAUCAAGGCAGGGACACUAGCUUGCACAUGUAGGAAGGAUUGAACUGGUCUACAACAACUGAAGCAACUAACAAUGAAGGCCCUUCUUUUUUUUCAGUGUAUGUUAUAUUUGUCGUUAAUUGUUUUUUUGUGGCUUGCCAAUGCAUUUUGAACCAACCGCUUUCUGUUUACCAAAUUGGUGACAUGCUUAAAACCACAUUACAUUUAAAGAAUGGACUGCCCGCUGAAAGGUGCCAUUACAACCUAUUUAACCGGGUUUACAUGAGAUCUGUAAAGGGAUGUCAGCAUGUUUGCUGACAGGUUAGUUUGUAUACAGGAUAGUUUAGGUAGACUGGAUCACUGGAGAUGUUCAUACCUGCAUUGUGCCUCUAAAUCCAACUUCAUUUUGGUGCAGUGUUACUCACAUGGUAUUUACACAUUUGCCAGACAUAUAUUGCAUUCAAUACACCAAAUACACUUUUUUCAUGUGUUCCUGGGAAUCAAACCCAUGACCUUGGUGUUGCUAGCACCAUGUGCUACGGUUUGAAUUACAGGAGACACAGUAAGUAAAAUAAGGUAGAUAAAUAAAAUAAAUAAAGUUCCCAUGCCAUUAGACCAGUGCAAUUAGCAAAAUGUGGAGCUCAGAUGAACUCUUAAAUCAUGAAUGAAAUAUUGCAAACUUCAUAAGCAAUACCUUACUGAGAGGUGACUGAUAGAUAUAUAUAUAUAUAUAUAUAUAUAUAUAUAUAUUUUUUUUUUUUUUCAUUAAUCAGAUCAAAUUUACCCCUCAGUAGUGCUUUUUAGACACCAAAUUUCUGUUUUGGCUACUAUUAACUCAUAAACCAAUGCAAAUUAUUGUCAAAUUGACUUCUGACUUGCCUUACAGAGUGUCCGACCCAUCAAGUGCCAUGUUUUACCUGCGAAUUGCAGUCUAUUUGUUUUUCACUGCCAGUGCACACUUCCCUAAAGUAUGACAUGUGAAGAGCGCUAAAUUACCGGAUGCUGUGAAAAGUACAGUAGGAUGUGAUGCCACUGGAUUGCAGUAUCAGAUGCAGCCCUGGCUGAUUCAUAAUUUAGCACAAAAAUGAAAAGAUGAGCGUGUUCUGCUCAUCUUUAUGCUUCAGAUUUAUUAAAAAAGUCAACACUCUUUGUUUGGAACAUUUUAAAGGGUGAGUUCAUUCAAAAAUGAAAACCCAUCAUUUAGUUUCUUUCAUGUUGUUCCAAAUCUCAAUGAUAUUUUGAAGAGUGCUUCAACUGUUGCCCAUAUUAUGAAAGUCACUGGGGUUCAAAAACAACUUUUGAUUCCUUCCUUUAAAUUUAAUUAAAAAUAUAUAUAUUUUUAUAAAUAAUGGCAGAAUAUUCAUUUUUGGGUGAACUAUCCCAGCCAAAGUGGCUUUUGAGAAAGAAUGAAUUAUGUCCAUUACAGCUAUGAUGUCUCCGUUUGUCAUGAAAAUGUUCCUUUUGUACACAAGGGCUAUAACUAUGCCCUGGUAUGAAUGCCUUUGUGUGUUCUGUGCAUAUGUGGAAUUUUCUAUUCGAAGUUCAGCACUUUAUCUACAAGAACAGUCUGAGCAUCACAACUAAUCUGUGUUAAAUGUAUAUUCUAAUGUGCCUGACUACAUGCAUGCGUCCUUGUGUGAGUAUGCAUACAGGUGCUUGUUGUGUGUGUGUGUGUGUGCAUUUUUGAAUGUAAAUGUAUGUAUACCUGUGUGAGAUGGCUACUGAAGAGAAAGGACCUGUCUGGCCUUUUAAUGACCAUGAAAUGCAUCUAGCUGUUGUAUCAUGAAUUGUGCAGCUCCCCGUGUACCAUUCCUUGUUCAUAAACCAACACAGAUCCAUCAGAUAGAAGGUGGAAGGAUGAUUUAUUUUCCCAUUUAAAGUGAUUCAUAUUCCCUUGAGAUGAAUAUUGUGUCAAUAGGCUGCUGCUGCAUUAACCAGGAAAGGUUCUGUGCGAUGUAGUGUAAAAGCUGGUUUAUGAUCCGGUCCCAGUAAAAGAAAUUGUCCCUGCGGUAUGAGCCUUUUGUGAAGUAGCAAAUACGCAAAGUCAUGAUUAACGGUGACCAGCAUUUAUUUUUGCAGCCAGGAACAUGCGGAGGACAAAAAGGGGCCAUUCACACCGAAUGCAUUUCUGCAUUUAAAAAUGCUAAUCUAAAGAAGAUAACCUUUUAGCUUAAACACUUUUUUUUUUUAGAAAGCCAGUUGAUGUUGCAGAAGAUGCGAGAUGCAAGCAGAAUGGUCAAAGACACACAUCUAUCACUUUUAUGAAAGAAAACCAACGAUAAGCAAUACAGUGGAAUACAGAACACUUAAAAAAGGUGUAGAGA